AUGUUUUCCUAUGAUGAUAUAGACGCCCUUCACAAAAAACCUCUUAAUUUUUACCAAUAUAAAAUAGACAACACAAAUAUCCAAGAAAAAAUUGAUAUUUCUAUUGAAACUCCUCGAUUGCCCAAUCCUCCGCCAAAAGAAAUCGCAAUCCAGCCACAGCUAAAAUUCCCAGCAUUCAAACCUACAGGGAAAAUCAAGAGAAAAAACAAUUCUCUCCCCAAAAAAUCAAAAAAGCCUAAACUAGCUGCUCCAUUAGCUGUAAAAACAGUUCCAGCCGCUUCUUAUAAUUUUUUAAUAUCCCAAACACAAAUUAACGCGCCAUCUCGACAAAGUUCAGGAAAAAGGCUAAGCACAGAGAGCAGGCCAAGCACUUUUAAGUAAUUUAUAUGAAGAGGCCCACUUGUGCAAGCAUUUGAAUACUUAAUUGAAGAUAAAUCCAAAGAAAAAAUUACGAUAAAUGUGAUUGACGUAAAAAAUCUUUAUGGGAGCCAUUUGGUGUCAGGUAAAGUUAUAGAGACCGAAAUAGAGAAAAUAAAGCUAGGGUCUAUAAUAAGCUUAAUACUUGGGCCUGAUGUGAAUAUUGAAGCCAAAAUUGUGGUAUCAAAUCCGAUAAUUAAAAACUUGAAAUAUUAA